GGCGCUGCCAAGAAGCACCUAUAUUCUUACAUUCUGCAAGAGAAUCUCACGCUCUGGGCCAGGUGGAUAGUUAAAAAUACGCGUAUUUUACGCAUGGCCGAUAAUCUUCAUCAUGUUUGUCUUUGAAUGCUUUUUGGCACGCGCUCUGUCUUCUGCGUAACGCGCUUUAAAUCGGAUCUCGGCGCAUUUUAAGCAGCUUGUCCCUUCUCAGCUUGUUCAAGCCAAAAGAAGGAUGGAGUGAUGGAGGGAUGGUGUUGGAUGAAUAUCUGGCAUCACCGGUACCUCAGAGCCGCUGAAGAGGACUGAAACUCGACCUCUAGCUCCUAAUCUGCAGAUUUACAGAGGGGUAUAUAGGUAGAUUACAGCGAACACGAACCGGAUGCUGGAACUGCGCUCUCACAAACACCUGAGCAGACAUCCCAUAUCAUUUAAAUUAGUGCUGUUGGAUUGCAGAGCAAAAUGGUGGAGCACAGCGGGCCCGAUGUGAAGUUUGUCAACAAGUACUGUCCCAGCUCGUCCUCUUCGUCUUCAGCCUCUUCAUCAUCCUCAUCCUCCUCUUCCACGGCGCGCGAGAUGAAGAUUUUGGCCACGCUGCGCGGCAGCCUGAGCCGGAAAUACCCGCAGAAGAACGGCGAGGUGCUGAGCGCACAGUACGGCAUCAACCUGCUGCUCGUGGGCCUCGCGCUCAUGCUCGCGCUCGCGUACCAGGGACCCACCGUGACCGAGGAGACGGUGCUGGCUUUCCUCUCCACGCUCAUGCUCAUGCAGCUGCUGUGGAUGAUCUGCUACGUGGCGCGCCUGGAGCGCAAGCGCAAUGCGCCGCCUGAGAGAGACGCGAACGCGGCCACCAGCUGGAUUCGAGGUGGCCUGACUCUGCUCGCUCUGCUCUCACUCAUCACAGAUGCUUUCCGUGUCGGGAACUACGUCGGUUAUCAGGAGUGUGUGUCUCCUGUGCUUGGUGUCUACCCGGUGGUACACGCACUUCAUACGGUGUCACAGGUUCACUUUCUCUGGUUUCACGUUAAAGACGUCAUCAAGCGUUACGAAACGUUCGAGAGGUUUGGUGUGAUUCAUGCUGUGUUCACUAACCUGCUGGUUUGGAGUAACGGAGUAAUGACUGAAGCCGAACAUGCUCUCAAUGACCACAAGAGACGGUUAUCGGCGGUCGGAUCCUUCAACUUCACUGAUUGGGAGAGCACUCAACCUAACUGUAACUGUACGACCAGUGCGUGUUCGAUGUUCAGCAGCAGUCUGUACUAUCUCUGUCCCUUCAACAUCGAGUACCACAUCUUAGUCUCUGUGCUGCUCUUCGUCAUGUGGAAAAACGUUGGCCGAACCCUCGACCAACGCACCAAUCAGAAGCCUGCGUCAUCACCUCUUUUGAUAACAGGCUCAGGAGACGGACCUUUCCUGCUGCUCGGCCCGGCCUUCGGGCUCUUGGCACUUGCGAGUGCCAUCACGGUGCUUGUCAUCUACAUCAUCCACGUGGAGGAGUCACUGGAGGCACGCCAUGCAGCCAUUUCCAUGUUCUACUGGUUCGGAAUCGUCAUUUUGGCAUGCAUGAGUGUCGCUGGUGCUGUCGGAUUGGUCAUCUAUCGCCUCGAGGAUUGGCCCAUGGACACGGCACCGAAUCCGGCCAGGACGCUCGAUUCGAAGCUGCUCCUCGGUUCUUCCAUUGGCUCCUGGCUCGUCUGCUGGUGCAGCGUCAUCGCCGUUGGCGGUGCAACAAAUUCACCCAACUACCGAUGGGCCAAUUUAGGAUACGCCAUACUUUUAGUUCUGGAGAAGUGCGUGCAAAAUCUGUUCGUCGUCGAGUCGCUGUACAGAAGACGACGUGAGCCUGAAGAGCGUGGGCCUGGCCUUCGCGCCACACAUAACUCCAUCCUCAGCCCCAGCCAAGGAAAUGAGAAAAUCUUUGCAGUGUAUGACGGUAUCAUUAACCAUGCAUACGAGUCACCAGAUAAACAAUGUGAGAACGAUAAACAAGCUUACAGCAGGAACAGCGAGAAGCACGUGGAGCAUUCUCACGGACACGGGACGCCAGAGACGCCAAACAGACAGAGGCAGCUCCUGAAGAACAUCGCCAUCUUCCUGUUUAUGUGCAACAUCUCACUCUGGAUCCUACCUGCAUUUGGAUGCCGACCACAGUUCGAUAACGGUCUGGAGGAAGCAUCGUUUGGAUUCCCCAUCUGGAGCACGGUGCUGAAUUUCGCCCUUCCCAUGAGCCUCUUCUACCGCAUGCACUCUGUCGCCGUUCUCUUCGAAGUUUUCCGGAAGAUUUAGGCCCCGCCUCCCUACCCGUGUGGUGUUUCUUUUGUGCACAGUAACGAUGAUUCCCUUUAUUGAGUUCUCGGAAACCAGGGUUCUCUUUCUCAACAUUUUUGUUUUCUCAAGAAAAGUAACGAAAACCCUUUUCUCUGCAAUUUUGAUUGCACAGAAGAAAGAGCGACUGGAGCUUAGUGCUAGAAAUUAGUGCUUGGUUGCCUUUUCUCCUCUGUGCCUAAACAAAAAGCCAGAGUUUUCUCUCUAUUAGGGGUUGCACAAGUCUUAUUUCUGUUAAACUAGUCGACUAGUUUUCUGUAGUUAACGCAACAACCUCGCUUCUUUAUUAGUGAAGGACGCAUCAAACCGUGCUUCAUUUAACAGCCUGAAAAUGAUAUUUAUAGCUUUGCUGUUUACUGUAGGCUACACUAAUCAGUGCAAUAAAUGUGCCAAAUAAUAAAUAUGUAGACCCUUAAACAUAGAACACAGGCCAGAUAAGAAGUUCACAUAAAGAAAAGCCACGCCGAUUAACGUGUUUGGUCAGGGCGUGAUGCUCGGGCAGUGCUGAGAAAUACGUUAAUCAUGUCUGGUGUAAAUAAAAGUAAUGUUGUGCAUGGAGGGUGGGAUCCUAUCGGACCCUGUGCCCAGAGGUGCGUGGUCAGAUAUGAAUCUCGUGGGAUAAAGAAAGGGCUUUAUUGAUUCAUCUUCUGUAACUGCAUUAUCCUAUUAAAUUGAUUAAUGAUUUAGCAGGGGUUUACUUCCUCAUGGUUAGCAUGUUACCCUCACACCUUCAGGGUUGGCGGUUUGAUUCCUCAUGAUUCGGGGGGUUUCCUCCAGUUUCCUCCUCCAGUCCAAAGGCUGAUUGGCAUCUCUAAAAUUGUCAGUAGUGUGUAUGUGAUUUUGCCCUGCGAUGACUUGGCACCCUGUCUAAGUUGUACCCCUGACUCAGACUCCAGGUUCCCUGCGACCCUGCGUAGGAUAAGCGCUACAGAAGAUGAAUGGCUGGCAUAGAAUAUAUCUAUUUUGACGCAUAGUUUUAGCAACAUUUGAUAAUAACAACCGCAGAAGGGGGUAGAAUUGUUCAGCCUUUUUUUUCUAGGAAUUUACCCUUAAACUUUAAUCAUUUUUGGAAACGUUCCUUCCAAAAAUGUCAUCCAGGAUUUUUUGCAUGCGCACAAAAAAUGAUUAGAACGCAAUAUGGGGAGGGAGUGGUCAGAAUUUCCUUCAAGAGUGGGCGGAGUUUAAAAAACAAUCCCUGCACACUCGGCUCUGUGGUUAACCUUAAACCUGAUUUGACAGCAUCCGUUUGUUCCGUGUAAUGGCAUGGUUCGCUGUUUAGUAGCGGAUCAUUUGAUCCACAUGAUUUGGCACAGGUUUUACCCCAGAUACCCUUCCUGUCACAACCCUCCCAUUUUUAUCCAGGCUUGGGACUGGCACUGAGAGUUAACUCUUUAGUGGCUGGGGUGGCACCCUGCCCGGGAAUCGAACCCAGGCCUCGGCAACGAGUGCACAGGAUCCUGCCGCUGGACCAUGGUGAUAACGUCCUAAUACAAACAAAACAAAGACUUGUGUGAAUGUAUUAGUCAACUAUGCAAUCCCGACCUGUCUACUGUCUUUGGAUGGGAAGCUUCUGUCACUCCUCUGAUCGGAUGAAAUUAUUUAAUAUUCAGUCCACGACUGGAUGAAAGGCAUAACUCUUGUAAUUUCAUUUCUCUUUCCUGUGAUUACACUCAACGCCAUUUUCACCUUCCCCUUUGUGAACGAACAGCUCUUGGAUUUCUUUUCAUUAUGAUUAGACACAAAUAAGAGCUUUGCUUUCUCUCCAUAGAAUCAUUAUAGCAAAAGACAAUGUUUGUUAUUUUCACUGUGAUUUCUCUUCACUGCAUUGUGAUUGGCCAUUGAAGCCAUUUGUUCCAUCAUCUCCCUAUUGGGAUUGAACUGAAAGGUGACCUUUUCUCUCCUCCUCUUGGACAGAAGACAAGCCUUUUGACCUUCUCCGUAAUGUAAUCUGAUGGAAGACAAACCUUUAUUCUUCUUCUUUUUUUUAUCGCUUUUUACCGUAUUUGACUGGAUGGAAUGAAAGGCUUUCUGCUUUUAUCCCAUUGUGUUUUAGACAGAAUGGAAAGCAUGUGGAUUUUCCUCCACGUCAUGAGCAUUCGGAAUUCUUCCUCCGGGAGAAUACAGGAGCAGUCACAUUCUCCGUGAGCUGAUGUUAUACACACACACACACACACACUCGGCACUUUCCACAGACUCUGUAACACACUCAAACACUUCUGGACUCUACAGGUGCUCUCGUUGUUUUUUUUCUCUCAGAGCGAGUUUGUUGGUGCUAACUCAAACAUGCAAAACACAAAGGCUUCAGGUUAGCAACAACCCGAGAACCAGAUGUUAAUGUUUCGAAUCGUGACACAUCAGGUCUAACAAGAAUCUUGACCGGGAUCUGAGUGUAUGAUUAAUAAACACACCCACUGGCCACUUUAUUAAGAACACAGUUAUCUAAUCAGCCAAUCAGGUGGCAGCAGCACGAUACAGGUCUUUAGUUAAUGUUCACAUCAAACACUAGAAUGGUGAAACAGUCUGAUCUCUGUGACUUUAAGCAUGGCGUAGAUGUUAGUGUUACAUGGCCAGAUGGGCAGGUUUGAGUGUCUCCAGAGUGAGAAACCAGAGGUCCGAGCUGACAGGAAGACUAUAGUAGCUCAAAUAAUCACUCUUUACAACCAUAGUAAACAGAAAAGCAUCUCCAAAAAUCAAACCUUGAGGUGAAUGAUGCCAAGUUCCAGCCAUCAUGGGCAGAUAGUCAGAUUGAUUAAUGCCCAUGAUAGCCUCAGAUUCUUGUUCGAACAGGCAGGGGCCUUUCUGUGUGGCGUUUCCAUGUUCUCCCCGUGCCUGCGUGGGUUUAUUCCGGGUACUCCGGUUUCCUCCCACAGUCCAAAAACAUGUACAUUAGGUUGAUUGGUAAUUCUAAAUUGCCUGUAGGUGUGAGUGUGUGUGGUUGUCUGUCUGUGACCCUGUGAUGGACUGGUGACCUGUCCAGGGUGUACCCCUGCCUUUCGCCUCAAUGUGUGCUGGGAUAGGCUCCAGCAGAUCCCUGCAAACCUAACUGGGAAUAAAGUGGGGAUGAAAAAUGGAUGGACAAACAUAAUAAAAAUAAAACUAUGCAGUAGACUAUGUAAAUAUAGAAAUCUAGACUGUUAUCUAUAUGUGCAAGUGUAACUCACACCUUCUAUCCAUUUCCACAGUCGCUCAUUGACUGUUUUUUGUUUUUCGCACCAUUCUGUAAAAGUGAUUCAGUGAUCAACAGUUCCAUAAAUACCCCAACCUGCCCAGUUGGAACUAACAACCAUGCCAAAUCACAGAGAUCAGACUUUUCCUUCACUCUGAUGUUUGAUGUGAAGAGCUGCGUGAUUUUGUUUAUGCGUUGUGAUGCUGCCACCUGAUUGGCUGAUUAUAGCCAGCCAAUCAGCUGAUUGUAUAUACACUAUAUUGCCAAAAGUAUUCGCUCACCCAUCCAAAUAAUCAGAAUCAGGUGUUCCAAUCACUUCCAUGGCCACAGGUGUAUAAAAUCAAGCACCUAGGCAUGCAGACUGUUUUUACAAACAUUUGUGAAAGAAUGGGUCGCUCUCAGGAGCUCAGUGAAUUCCAGCGUGGAACUGUGAUAGGAUGCCACCUGUGCAACAAAUCCAGUCGUGAAAUUUCCUCGCUCCUAAAUAUUCCACAGUCAACUGUCAGCUGUAUUAUAAGAACGUGGAAGUGUUUGGGAACGACAGCAACUCAGCCACGAAGUGGUAGGCCACGUAAACUGACGGAGCGGGGUCAGCGGAUGCUGAGGCGCAUAGUGCGAAGAGGUCGCCAACUUUCUGCAGAGUCAAUCGCUACAGACCUCCAAACUUCAUGUGGCCUUCAGAUUAGCUCAAGAACAGUGCGCAGAGAGCUUCAUGGAAUGGGUUUCCAUGGCCGAGCAGCUGCAUCCAAGCCAUACAUCACCAAGUGCAAUGCAAAGCGUCGGAUGCAGUGGUGUAAAGCACGCCGCCACUGGACUCUAGAGCAGUGGAGACGCGUUCUCUGGAGUGACGAAUCGCGCUUCUCCAUCUGGUAAUCUGAUGGACGAGUCUGGGCUUGGCGGUUGCCAGGAGAACGGUACUUGUCUGACUGCAUUGUGCCAAGUGUAAAGUUUGGUGGAGGGGGGAUUAUGGUGUGGGGUUGUUUUUCAGGAGCUGGGCUUGGCCCCUUAGUUCCAGUGAAAGGAACUCUGAAUGCUUCAGCAUACCAAGACAUUUUGGACAAUUCCAUGCUCCCAACUUUGUGGGAACAGUUUGGAGCUGGCCCCUUCCUCUUCCAACAUGACUGUGCACCAGUGCACAAAGCAAGGUCCAUAAAGACAUGGAUGACAGAGUCUGGUGUGGAUGAACUUGACUGGCCUGCACAGAGUCCUGACCUCAACCCGAUAGAACACCUUUGGGAUGAAUUAGAGCGGAGACUGAGAGCCAGGCCUUCUCGUCCAACAUCAGUGUGUGACCUCACAAAUGCGCUUCUGGAAGAAUGGUCAAAAAUUCCCAUAAACACACUCCUAAACCUUGUGGACAGCCUUCCCAGAAGAGUUGAAGCUGUUAUAGCUGCAAAGGGUGGACCGACGUCAUAUUGAACCCUAUGGAUUAGGAAUGGGAUGUCACUUAAGUUCAUAUGCGAGUCAAGGCAGGUGAGUGAAUACUU